AUGGCAAGCUCAUGUUUCUACCGGAGGAAGGUGCUCGCCGAGAACAUCUACGACAAGUGGUUCCGGUUGAACGUGAUUCACGACGUCGGAGCCUCGAAAGUUCAGAUCUACAUCGAUGGAGAGCUCAAGUUGGAAACCAAAGAUGGUGGGGGAGUUGUUCAUACCUUUAAAUGUGGCGUCUACGCACAGAACCAUGACUCCAAUUACAUGGAGUCACGAUGGAAGGAUAUCAAGCUAAGCGUCAUCAUCAUGAGCGGGGACAAGAUCAAGAGAGCAGGAUUUGGGAUGCAAAUGGAUCAGCAACAACAAAGUUUCCAAGGAGUUAGCAUUGUGACUGAGGCAUAUGCCGCCACCAACAAUCCUUCUUCCCAGCAGCAGCUUCCUGUCACAGGCCAUGUUGUGGUUCAGAGAGGAUCCUCUGCCCUCCCUUGCUGUGGUAUUGGCCUCGGUUGGUUCUUGUUUAUAUUAGGAUUCAUAUUGGGUGCAAUUCCAUGGUAUGCUGGGGCUUGCGUUUUCCUCUGUGCCAAGUAUGACAACCGCGAGAAGCCUGGACUGAUUGGUUGCUGUGUUCUUGCGGCUUUGUCGACGGUGCUAGCUAUAAUUCUAGUAAUAUUAUCUGUAGUUUGA